AUGUCUCUAAUCAAGCAGACGCGCACUCGCAACCCCGAUGACUUUCCGACAUUGCAACUCUUCCUCCUUGCCAUCGUACGCUUGGCCGAGCCAAUCGCGCUCACAUCCAUCUUCCCCUACGCUUGGGCAUUCGUGAAGCAAUUCCACGUCGGAAACGAACAAGAUGCAGCCUUCUACGCCGGUCUCCUCAUCUCUUCCUUCUCGCUGGCCGAGGCGGCCAUGGGCAUGUUCUGGGGCGGGCUCUCGGAUCGUGUAGGCCGCAAGCCCGUCCUGGUUGUCGGAUGUCUCGGCACCAUGCUCAGCAUGGUCCUCGUCGGCUUCGCUUCCAACAUCUGGAUGGCCUUGAUCGGACGCGCCGUGGGCGGCCUGCUGAACGGCAACAUUGGUGUCAUCCAGACCAUGGUCGGCGAGCUCGUCACCAAGCCAGAGCACGAGCCGCGCGCAUACUCUGUCAUGCCCUUUGUGUGGAGCGUCGGUACAAUUAUUGGACCCUGCAUUGGCGGUACGUUUGCCGAACCCCACGCAUCCUGGCCAGGCCUGUUCCCAGAGGGCAGCCUGUUCGAUCGUUUCCCCUACCUCCUCCCCAACCUUGUCUGCGCGGGGCUGCUGGCCAUCAGCAUUGUGCUCGGCUUCCUCCUUCUCGAAGAGACGCACCCUGACAUGCAGCCUCGCUUGGCGUUGCCUGUUGACACAUAUGUCUCGGAGGAGACGCCGUUGCUCGAAACAUCAGAUGCUAUGAAGCGACCCGCGGUCGAUCUUCGCUCCGAAACCUACGGCGCUAUCAACGUCGAAGACGAGUGUGAAGAGGUCACGCGCGAGAAGAACACCAUCCCCAGCAUCUGGAGCAAGCGCAUCAUCAACUUGAUCAUCGCCCUCUGCAUCUUCACCUACCACUCGAUGACAUACGACCACCUGAUGCCCAUCUUCUUCGAGGACGAGCGCGUCAACUCGGUCAUGCAGGCUGCCGCUGGCCACAGUGGCACGGCACCAUUUUACUCUCCUGGUGGGCUGGGCUUGUCGAUGCCGUCCGUCGGAAUGAUCAUGGCCGUCAACGGUGUCAUUGCCCUGUUCGUGCAGGCUGUCAUCUUCCCGAUUGCUGCCGAGCGGGUCGGUGUGUACAAGUUGUUUCUCAUUGUCACGGUACUACAUCCCAUCGCGUACGCUCUCGUGCCCAUGCUCCUCCUCGUCCCCCAGAACCUCAUCUUCCCUGCCAUCUACGCCUGCUUGACAGUGCGCAACAUUCUCUCCAUUAUCCUCUACCCUCUCCUCCUCAUCCUCCUCAAGGAGGCCACCCCUUCACCAAAAGCACUCGGCGCCAUCAACGGCCUUGCUGCCAGUGCCGGCGCGGCGUGCCGCAUGGUCGCACCCCCUGUUGCAGGGUAUCUGUACACCUGGGGCAGCCGCAUGGACUGCACCGCCGUGGCCUGGUACGGCAGCGCCGUUGUGGCGAUUGUUGGUGCUGUACAGUGCUUCUCGGUGACUCGGGAGCGAUGCCCCGACACCCACGAAGAAGUCGCCCCUUCUCAGCGCAAGCACCAACCUUCCGUCGCGGUCACUGAAGUAUCAGACGACAGAAGCGAUUAG